UAUUAUUAGCAGCGAUCCAGGGUGCAAUCUAAUUUGAGAAAGAAGAGCAACGGGAAACAGAAAAAAUAAAAAAUAAAAAAGACAGACACGAACGAACGAACGAACGAACGAAAACAACAGCUCUCAAUGCUGCAGUGAACAAUCAAAGGAAGACAAAAUCAAAGCAAACACCAUCCCGAUUUUUGAAGAUUCAAAAGCUCUCUUCGAAAAUCAAAUCACCGAAGCUCUCUCUCUCUCUCUCCAACAACAUCAACCAAACUCGAAGCUCUUACUUCGCUUUCAAAGGUCCCAACUCAACGAUUCAUCAUCAUCGUCCUCAUACACAUGCUGGUUAAUUAAUUCUCUCUAUCUCUCUCUCGCUUGCUCGCUCUCUGUCUGUUAAAAAUUUCCAACCUUUUUUUUGAACUCACCUCCCAACUCAAACAAACUAUCCUGUUGAUCUCUUUUGUUUCAGUUCAAUUCGCGAUGUCACUGUGUGUACAGCGUUGAGUUUCACUUGUGAAUCGUUUGAAUUUUGAAUAUAUGAGUGUUUUUGGUGGGUACAAUGGUGAAACUUUGUGGGUUUUACAGCUUCAACCUGAUAACAGAUUGGUGUUUCGGCGAGUCAUUGGGUUUUAAGGUAUGAAUAAUUUGAAUAUGAGUUGAGUAAUAAUUAGGGCUUUCUUAAGUGAGUUUGAUCUCUGCUUAAUCUGAUUUCUAGGGUUUCGGGUUUUACGAAAAUGAGUUUCUACUCUGCAUUUUAUGGUGUGUGGAUGGAUAAAUUUGGGGCAGUUUUGAUGCUCUGAGCUAACCGUAGCUCGGAAGGAUUUGGGGUUUUCAAUAUAUAUGUAUAUAUAUUAGCCAUUUGUAGUGUAUGAGUUUGUUAGCUGAGAUAUGCAACCACAUCAGAAUUCCCGAAUUGAUGUGGCUGAAUUGAAGGCUCAGAUAGUGAAGAAAAUUGGGCCUGAGAGGUCCAAGCGGUACUUUUAUUACUUGAAUAGAUUUUUGAAUCAGAAGUUGAGUAAGGUUGAGUUUGAUAUGUUGUGUUUUCGGAUCUUUGGGAGGGAGAAUGUACAAUUGCAUAAUCAAUUUAUACGUUCAAUAUUAGAGAAUUCAUGUCAUGCAAAGACUCCACCUCCAGUUCAUGAAGUGGGACCCGCAAAAUCUGCUGUAGUAGCUGUAAAAAGCUCACCAACUAUAGAAGAUGGCCAUGGGCAAAGUGGGUUAGUUUCUUCAAAUCAAAUGCCAAGUGUGCCAGUUUGGUCAAAUGGAGUUGUUUUGCCAGUGUCCCCAAGAAAGGGAAGGUCUGCUAUUCGUGGUAGGAAGUUCAGUGAGCAGCCUAGCCCUCUUGGACCUAAUGGGAAGGCAGAUAGUGCAUCUUAUCCAUCAAUGGCUACAGAAGACAGUUUUGUGAAGACUGUGAUGGAAAAUGGCAAUUUGGUUCCAUGUGAUUACCGUAGGUCAGAGCAGCAUAUUCAAGGACUUGCUGAGCAUCCUGACAAUGGGAGACCUAGAAUAAGUAAAUCAAUAGAUGCUCCAUUUUCUCUACAUAGUAAAGAUCAAACUGAAGCAGAUGUUGGUGAAGAUGACGAAGAGGUGGAACAUGCCAGCCACUUGAAUAUUUCUAGAAGUCCUCUCCAUGCUCCUCUUGGGAUUCCAUUUUGCUCAGCUAGUGUUGGAGGGGCCCGGAAAGCAUUACCCUCGGCGAGCACUAGUAAUGUCAUUAGCUAUUUUGAUGGUGGGGGUUUGUCUGAUAAAGAAACACUGAGGAAACGUAUGGAGCAGAUUGCACUGGUACAAGGCCUCGGAGGAGUUUCUAUGGACUGUGCUAAUAUGUUGAAUAAUAUGUUGGAUGUGUACUUGAUGCAGUUGAUCGGGUCUUGCGUGGAGUUGGUUGGGUUGACAGCUGGAUAUGAGCUGAAAAGGCUGUCUGCCCACAAACAUCAGAUUCAAAGCAAGCUUUCUAAUGGUAUGUGGCCUAGUAAUCACUUGCAUAUGCAAAGUAGUGGUGCUCCCCAAGAAGCUAUGGAAGAGCAGAGACCGCAUUGCUCAAUAUCGUUACUAGAUUUCAAGGUAGCAAUGGAGUUAAAUCCACAGCAGCUUGGAGAAGACUGGCCAUUGUUGCUGGAGAAGAUCUGUAUGCAUGCAUUUGAGGAAUAGCAUACCCACAUAGAUAUUGGUUUUCUUUUAAACUUCGUUGGGUCAAUUCAUCUGGUUUGAAGGCUUGACAUCUGAGUUAAUACAUGGUUUAUACAGCCAUAUUUCUGCUUGUGUUCAUGGUGAAACAGAUGAGAACCUCCCAGACGUGGCAUGGGACUCUUGCAAGAUGAAAACAGGGCUUGAGCUUUCCACAUCUGUGUUUUCCAACUUCAGAUCCUGUACACUACUGGGAAUUUAUCCAACAGCAACCAGCUAAGGAUCUUGGGCUUUCCAUGUAAUUUACAGCCAAUGGAGAGGAAAUCUUAAAAGUUUUGCACAGAUACUGUUGUCUAGCAUGGUGGAAGGUAAAAAUCACAUUAUGUAAUAGCUGUAAAAUUGCUCUUUAUGUAUUUUCAAUCUGAGAAUUGAUUAAAAUCCGUAUAUCAAUAACACAUUCACAUCUAUUGAAUACUUCUUUGUGGUUUAAAUUUUAAUGUUGCUACUAGGUGACAAUUGUAAAUUCAUCUGUUAAAAUUAUGUCCCACUUGUCUUGUGUUUGCUAGGGGAUAUAUAAUUUGUUGUUGAAAAUCACUUCAACUCUCAUGGGUUACAAUUUUAGUACAACUAAUGUCAGUCAUAUUGCAAGUUAGAUUUGGCAAUGCAUUAUGACUCUUUUGACUGCCUACCUGGUAGGGGCUGCUCCUCUGUUGUGGGUAAAUGGGAUUUAGCCAUCCAUGUUACAAAGGACUGAUGCCAUAAAUAUUGUUCUUUUGUCAUGUUGUUUGUGAUACUAUCAUUAUUCAUUCCUCUUGAAAACCUUAAAAUGAGCCUCCAUUUUCGACAUAAUGAACCGAUAAUGACAAUUUUCUGAUCGGGGUAAUGUCCAAGAAAUAGAAAAAAAGGGAAAAGAAUGUUUUUGUGGGAAGAUUCAUGUACAUUAAUCACUAGAAUGCAUCAGCUUUCAUUAUGGAACUUUUCAAAAUAAUUUUUAACUUAAUGACUAAUAUUAGAGUUAUUCAUACAAUAUGGGCAUUAUUCUUUAAAUUAAUGAGUUGCAAUAUAGUACCACAUUUGUUGGAGCAUGUAUGAAAGUGGAGUCCCACAUUGGAUAAAAAGUACAAAAAGUAGGGUCUUAUUGGAUGGGCUGUCCACUUACAAGCUUAAGCUUUUAAAUGGUUAUGAGUUCCAAACAAUGUAUGUUGGGCCUUGGUGUUGUGUGUGUGGAUUUUGGAGUUUCUCCUUUACGGAUUGGGUCAUGAUCAUGGGCUCCUCGGAUUUCUCAACAAGUGGUAUCAGAGCCGAUGGUUAGCGAUCUGUGGGCGAGCUUUCCUGGUUGUACCAAUGUUGGUGGGCUUGCAUAGAUAGUGUUGAUGGAGCGGGGAAAAUCCAUGGGUAACUCUUGAUGGCGCAAGGAAAAUCUAGGUGCAUGUGGCUUACGGGUCCACGACAUGGUGACUCUUGAUGGAGUCUGGUGGUUGACAAUGGAGUGUGUAUAGGUGGUCUGAGUUGGACACGGUAUUAUAGAGUAAUAGAUCAGAAUUACGGAGGAGUGCGUGUGAUUUGUGGUGAACCUGUGGAUGAUUGAUCAGACUUGAGGGGGAGCUAGGCUAGGCCUAAUGUUUGGUCCACAAGAGGGGGAGAUUGUUGAAGCAUGUGUGAAAGUAGAGUCCUACAUCAUCUAAAAACUAAAAAGAGUGGGUCUUAAAUAUUCUUUGGACUCUCCAUUUAUAGGCUUAAGCUUUUAUAUGGAUAGUUUCAAACAAUGUACGUUGGGCUAAAGUGUUGUGCGUGGGCUUCGAAGUUUCUUCCCGACAGAUAGGGCUAGCGUUACUGUGCAUUUGUGGGCUUCUCGGAUUCCCCAACAACAUUACAUAUUCUUAUAGGAAAAAUGAAAUAUUCCUUAGAAUCCUCUAUCAGGCUUCUAGAAUUUUGUUGAGUUGAAUUGAAUCCUUGUACCUGCUGAGAAACAAGCUGAUACAAUGAAGUGAACAUUUUUGUCCUGUAUUACAAAAUGCAGGUCAAAAUUUCAGGUUAUUUUGACAAUCUUCCUUUUUGUUUUUAAUAUAUAUAUAUAUAUAUAUUUUUCAAUUUCCAAUGAUUUCAAAAAAUAUCGGUGGAGACCUAAAGAUAUCGUCUGUAGUGCUGAGUGUGUUGUGUUGAAUUUUUUUUUACUUUGGAAAGAGAAGGGGAGGGAGAGAGUACAAAUGUAAUAAAUGUUUUUUUUUUUAUUCCAUGCUUCUUCAGAGUUGAAGUUGGAAGUCUUAUGAAGGGAAUAUGUUUGAUUCUUUACUUCAUUAAUUUUCAUUUGGCUAUCAAAGCAGAUAUGUCAAUUCCACAAACAAAUUUUUUUAGCCAUCUAAAUUGAAUUCUUUCAGUCAAUGUUGUUCUUUUAUUGUAACAAAAUUAUCUUGUGCUAACAACAGCCCCUUGCAGAAUUCGUAAGUUAGAAUAUAUAAAUUUGAGGAGGUAACAUUGCAGAUUGAAGGCCAUGCAAAUUACGCCUCUGUGAUUGACGUUUGUAACAGAAAGCCGAUAGAGGAAGGGAAAGACACUUGAUAUUUUAGACCAAGGUAUUUAACAGUGUUGUGGCACAUCUUUGCCCAAUCAAUGAGAGGCAUGAACUCAGAACUGACCAUACAGAUGGAGCCAGCCAUUUACAACACGCAAGUAACAUGUGAAUUUAGAUGUUUGCCAUGCUUUUUUUUAUUUUUUAUUUUAUUCUUUUACGUUCUCCUUUCCUAUAGUUUCUCUGACACCUUCCAGGGAUUCAUGUUUUAAUUCAACUAAUUCUUUUAUUCUUCAUGCUUAUUAGGUAUUCACUCACUUGUCCAGCAUGAGCGUGCUUUUUUUCAAACAAAGAUACUAAGAAAAGAACUCUCUAUGCUAUCUCAUGGCUAGGAGCUUGCUUGUUGAUUUCAAUGCUCAUGAAGAAUGGUACCCAUUAUUUAUUUAUUUAUUUUAAAUAAUGGAACGAUUGUAUAUUUAAUUACAAUGCACCAUGUACAUGUAAUUAUUAUAGUUCUAUUAUAUUUGUAGAUAAUAUUAUUUUUUUUAGUAAAGAUUAUGUUAUUUUGUUU